AUGGAUUUAGAUUGUUCAGACUGCAGUUCUACAUCAACGAUUAUUAGUUUGGAAUCUGAAAGAGAGUUAGACUUUGAUGAUGAAAUUGAAUUUGAUGGUUGGACUGAAAUUGAUAUAAGUACAAAUACUCCACAGCCACAAACUCCUUUUGAAUUCAUGGGAAAUUCUUCCAUAAAUGAAGAUGUUGCAUUGCUAACAACACCUCUGCAAUUUUUUAAUUAUUUUUUUGACGACGAAUUGGUUGGAAAAAUUGUUGAAGAAACAAAUGUAUAUUUUAUACAAGAACAGAGAACGGAGCCUUCAACGUCUGGUGCUGUAAUGGAUUGGAAUGUCACAGCAGCAGAAAUGCGAAUAUUUUUUGCAAUAGUGUUAAAUAUGAGUAUCGUAUACAAGCCAGAUGAAAAUAUGUAUUGGUCGAAAAACCCUAUUAUUGCCACUCCAUUUUUUUCCAAAGUAAUGUCCAAUAGGCGGUUCAAAUUGAUCAAAAAGUAUUUACAUUUUAUGAAUAAUGAAACCUAUAAUUCUGAUUUACAUCCUUAUCCGAAACUGAAUAAAAUUUGGCCUGUAUAUGAUUUUCUGAAUAAAAAAUUUAAAACUGCUUAUACCCUUCAAAGGGAAAUUACAAUUGACGAAAGCCUAAUGUUGUAUAAAGGAGCACUAAGCUGGAAACAAUAUAUGCCCAUGAAACGUGCAAGAUUUGGCAUCAAAAGUUACUUCUUGUGCGAAUCGAAAACUGGAUAUAUAUGGUCUAUGAUGAUAUAUACGGGAAAAGGGACAAUUAUCGAUAGUGAGUUCCCAAAUUUGCCAAUAUCAUCUCAAAUCGUUAUGAGUUUGAUGAAGCCAUUGAUAAAUAAGGGAUACUGCCUCACUAUCGAUAAUUUUUAUAGUUCUGUGGAACUAUUCAAAUUGUUAUCGGUUUUCAAAACAGAUGCAUAUGGAACAGUGAGAUCUAAUAGAAAAGGUUUACCAAUUAAUAUAAAAAAUCCAAAAAAAGUGAAUCCAGGAUACGUAAGAUCUUUUAGAAAGGAGAGAUUGAUGGCCAUGAGAUGGAAAGACAAAAGGGAUGUGUACUUCCUUUCUACAAUACACGGUGCAGAUCAGGUGGAAAUAGAAAAGAGAGGCAUCAUAAAAAUGAAACCCAAAGUGAGUGUUGAUUAUAAUUUUACGAUGGGAGGUGUUGAUCGCGUCGAUCAACAUUUGUCGAGUUAUCCCCUUCCAAGAAAAAGAGGAAAAAAAUAUUAUAAAAAAAUGUUUUUCCAUCUCAUGGAACUCUCUGAAUACAACGCAUAUGUGCUCUACAGAAAAAAAGGAGGUAGCAUGACACAUCUUGAAUUUAGAAUAAAACUAAUAGAAGAAUAUAUAGAAAAAUAUAGUGUUGGAAUUUUUUCUGCAAAAGGUGGUCGGCCAAGCAACACCCCUAAUCCGCUAAGAUUGACAGAACGUCAUUUUCUAAAAACUAUACCGGCGGUGGGUAGUAAAAGCAGACCUACAAAAAGGUGUGCUGUUUGCUGUUCGAAGCGGGACGACUCCGGAAAACGUGUCCGGAAAGAGAGUCGAUACUGGUGCGCCGAAUGUGAAGUAGGCUUAUGUUUGGAGGAAUGCUUCGAAAUUUACCACACAAAAACAAAUUAUUAA